UCCACUCAUUCUAUUCCCCGGCUAUUCUAGCAGAAAACCCUCCAUCAUGCGGCUUUGUGGCCCUUCAGGACCCUCACAAUGGCAGAGUCAGACGAUGGUCGGCGUAGGCCUCGUCACUCUAACCUUCUUCACGGCAUCGGCCGUCUCCCAGGCAUUGCCACGAGUCCGGAACGACAAUACCGCCGACAACCUGGCCAAAAGAGACACCAACGUCCAGGCCAGGCAGCUUCAAGGCGCUCCCUGGGGCCUUCCUUGGGGUAUUUUCGACGGCGGUCAAUCUGCCUCGCCUGUCACUCUCGCUCAACCGGCCAUCACCACGUCUCUGCCCUCCGCUGCUCCCGCUGUACCCAAUAACCAGCCACAGGUCAUUCCAGGGGUGCUCGCUCCUUUGACAGCGGCCAUCGGAGGUGCCACACCCAGCAACGUAUUGGCCUCUGCCCCCAACGCUGUGUCCACACUACUUCAGCCUGGCGGUCCUCUCAGCCUUCCUCCCGCCGUCCCGAGCGGUGAGGCGGGACAGACCCCGAACGGCGGUGGACUGCUGAAUCCCGUCCAGAGUCUCGUCAGC